GCCGUGGUGCGCAUGCGUACUCUGAGCUUUGUGGGGCCGGGGUGAGCGUGGUGUGGUGAGGUUCUCUGCGCUGCGGAGGGCGUAUGGCGGCCGAACUGGGUCAGUGCAGUAGCCGCGUUCUCAGAGCGUUUCUCGUUCUUUGUUGACUGGGGCGGAACCUAGCUACGGCGAGCAGCGAGGCCCACAGGUCAAGAAGCCAUUCAGUUCCUGUUUAAUAACCAAAUAAAAUGGCAUCCAGACAGAUUACACAGGAAACAUUUGAUGAUGUGGUGCAAGAAAACAUCAUGGAAUUUGAAAUGGAUCCAGAUGAGGCCGUGAAAGACGCUGUCCAGCAAUUUGAAUCUCAGGGUGUUGAUCUGAGUACUGUUGUGAAAGCUGCACGGAAACCCACCUCUGAAAAUGGCCAAGAGCAAAAACACGACAUUUUGCUGACAUUAGACUCGCUCAGGAAAUCCAUCGCUGACUCUGCACUCAGUGAGGUCGGUGAGCAGCUAGUGCGCUUCAGUGAGCAAUGCAGAGAACAGCUGGCUGUCCGCUACUUGGCUGGGCGGAAAGGUGCCUGUCCUGUGGUGCUGGCUGCCUGCAAGCUGGCCUCAGGAAACAGAAGUGCCAUGCUCAAGGCCCUGCAUGCUUUGUCUGCCCUCAUGGAUGGGCAGCCAGACCUGCUCGACUCUGCAGGCCAAGAGCUGUUGCUGCAAACACUGAAGGAAAAUGCAGAUGACGCUGAAAUGACUCUAGCUGGGAUCCGGUGCAUCCGACACGCCUGUCUGAAACAUGAGCAGAACCGCCAGGAACUGGUGAAAGGUGGCAUCCUGCCAUUGCUGACGGGUGCCAUUGUCCGGCAUGGCGACUGUGCUGGGGUGGUCCGGGAGGCCUCCUCAGCGCUCAGGGUCAUGACAUUUGAUGAUGACAUCCGGGUGCCUUUCGGCCAGGCCCAUGAUCAUGCCAAGAUGAUUGUGUCAGAACACAACGGUUUAAAGAUCCUCAUAGAGGCUGCCAAAGCAUUCACAGACGACUCCAGCGUUCUCCGUGAGCUUUGUGCCACCUUGGCUCGCCUGUCCGUCCGGAACGAGUUCUGUCAAGAGAUUGUGGACCUUGGAGGCUUGAAUUUCAUGGUGGCCCUGCUGGCUGACUGCAUUGACCAUCAGGAGCUGGUAAAGCAGGUGCUGAGCGCCAUGUGGGCCAUCGCAGGGAACGAUGACGUGAAAGACGCCAUAGUCAACACUGGAGGAACAGACCUCAUUGUGCUGGCUAUGAGCCAUCAUCUUGCCAGCCCUCAGAUCUGUGAGCAGGGCUGUGCAGCCUUGUGCAUGCUGGCCUUGCGCAAGCCAGAGAACUGCAAAGUCAUCAUGGAAGGCGGAGGGGCCUUGGUAGCUCUUCAGGCCAUGAAGGUGCAUCCAAGAGAAGUUGCUGUGCAGAAACAGGCCUGCAUGCUGAUCCGGAACCUGGUCUCCCGGAACCGGGACUUCUCUCAGGCUAUCCUGGAGAUGGGAGCUGAGAACUUGAUUGUGGAGGCUCGUGCGGUGCACCAGGAUUGUGACGACAUAGCCAAAGCUGCCUUGAGAGACCUUGGCUGUAAAGUGGAUCUCCGAGAGCUGUGGACAGGCCAAAAGGGAAGCCUGGCUCCCUAAACCACUGCCCCUGAGAGCCCUGGAAGCUUGGGACAUCUCCAUAUGCAGCAUCUACAGGCAAACAUGGCAUCAAAUAAUCUACACUUAAAACUGGCCCCGAGCAGCUGAAGAGAAUUCCUGGCCUGUGAGGCUCUCAUGGUGUGGGCUGUACUACUCACGGGCAUCUAAGCUGUUGCUGAGAUGGCUUUGUCUGUGUAUAUAGGCUACAGAUACACAGAACUUGUGGUGAUGAUCUACUCUCUCUACAACUUGAUGCCUGGGAAAGACCUACUUCUCCCCUCCCCCCCACAUUGCUGUGUUACUUAUUUAUUGCAUGGGCUGUUCCUAUGUGUGUCUGUCCAUGUUGUGAUCCAAAGUAGAUCUCUUCCUGCAGCAGUUUGGCAGCUACCAUUUUAACCAGCCUUGUCCUACCUCCUGACCCCUGCUCUGUGCCACUGGUGGCUAGCCGUCCCAAAGGCUAUGUGGGGGAGAUGACACCAAUAUAGUGAAUGUCCCGUCCUAUCCCAAUGCUGUUACUAGCAGGCUAGGCGGUGUCUCACUGUGUUGGCUAUAUGCUCCAUUUCCAUCCGAUGCAGCAUUUUAAACAAAUGCAAAGUAUUGGCUGGAAACGUCAUGGCCUGGUGUGUCACAUUUAUAAUCGCUGAGCUUCCAGAAAUAAAUGUAAGACGAUAGGUGUGAGAGAGCUUUGGGGGCAGGGAAAAAAUAGCUUGGUGUGCCACAGUGUUGUGCCACCAGAGAGCCAGCCACAUUUUGCGGCCUUUGCUGGGAUCACCAGACAUACUCUCCCAGAGCCAAGACUCUUGUAUCGUAGUUGCCUGCUCUGAUCAACAAGCCAUGGCUCCCCUUGGAGCGGGAAGACGCUAUAUUUGGAGGAAAGUGGUGGAAGGACAAGGCAGUCUGAAAUCUCUUGACUUCUCCCUUACACAUAGGCUAAAUAGCCCCCUCCUGAGCCAGGAGGAAGCAUUUUUGUGAAUGUCAUCAUUCCUCUUACUGUCUGUGGUUUACAGUUCUGCUCCAGCUGUUAGCCCCCAUGCUCUGUUCUAUUGCCAUUUGCUUCAUUGUUGAGUGACGAAAUUCAUAUUAUAAGAAACGUAAAGGGUGCUUGGCCCCAGACAAGCCAAUUUGUAAAGCGGGGAGGGUGGAAAAGAUGACUAAUGCUUUUGGGCAUUUUAAACUGAUUAUACCAAGUGUGUAAGUAAAUGCUGCUGCAGCUGUGUGGUGUCUGCCUGUAAGGCAGCAAAAGCCUUGACAGCUUUGCAAGCCCCAUAGGCACUAAUUCCAUGUGCAGUGUGUGUUUGCAAUAAGCUGCCUACAUCCCUUUCUCAGUUGCUUUUUCUGGCGAAAGCUGCAUCCAUCUGUCUGUGUCUCUGCAAUCUCAGUUCAAUAAACCCUGCCAGGCUGCACUUGAUCAUCUCUCCAUAGGACAGGCAAUGACUGGGCUUAACAAAGAGGCCAGAAUUCAGUGGGCCUGGGAGCAUUCUGAAGGGGCAUUUCUCUGAUGCUGGCCUGCCCUUUUGAUACUGCUUCAGCAAUGGGUCUGGGAUGGGCUGGAAGGGCCAGAGUUGCAUCUGAGCACAGCAGGGCAUUUGGGAGGAUGGACUGGCCUGGAAGGAUGGGGAUGGAUAUGAAUUCUCUCCUGGCUUAGACAAGUGACGACUCUUUUCUGCAGAGUAGCCCCAAUCUUUCACCCUUUACUCCAUCCUGGGUCUGAGUCCCUGGCUCCUAUCCAGCUGAGGAGGGCUAGGCAGGGUCUGUGCUGCUCUGUGUUAGCUGCAGGGGGAUUCCAGACAUGAGGUGCGUGCACUCGCUUCCCUGAGGAGUGAGUGCACACAGCAGUGCAUAAGGGCCCUGGAUCCAGGGUGACUUUGAGAGAGGAUACCCAGGCCCCUCCCAAAAAAAAGCAAAGCAGAGAAAACCAGAAGCUGUUACAGAAAUAAUAUAUAUUUGAAAAAUACCCAGCCCUGGGUGUGUGGCGGUACCCGUUCAUCUUCCUGAAGUUCACAGAGGCCAAGGAAGGGGGAGGUGAGGUGCUUUAAUGGGGGUGAAUGCGGUUCCGCCUGCGGGAGAUCCACCAUCUCAGCCUACUGCCCACUUGUCCCCUGGCCUCCUCUGUCCCCCAGCUGCUGCCAGCCUGUGGCUUCACCGUAGAUGACCUCCUGAAGAUCUUUCGUACCCAGCUUACCAAGGAGCGCAGGCUGAGCCGGGAGGGGGUGGAUCGUGGCUCUUCACCAGUCCAGUUGCCAGAGGUUGUGGGACAAGAGCGUGGUGAGAGCUUCCCGUGCCCUCCUUCCUGUCCACUUCCUGAUGCUUCAAUCUACAAAUAUCAAUGACAGGGAGGAGUUGGUGGGAGGAGCCUUCUCUAGCCCCUCCUCCUGCACAUGGGUGGGACUGUCAGCUGUCACUCUUGACAGCAGGGUUUUGUGGGACCAUUACAAUGUUCCUUAGCUGGACCCAUUCUCUAACAGUUCCUGUUUGAAAGGCGCCUCGUGCCCCAAUGGCUUUGGGCUGGACACAGGUACCAGCAGGGGAGGUUUCAUGCUCCUGCAUUUCUCUGCAAUCUUUCUUGCUUCUAGGGAAAUUGAGAAGCACUAUAGUCCCUUUAUUUCACUGCCAAGGGCCCUUCCAGACUGAGGGGCUCUGGGGGGCUUUAUUUGCCAAAGAAUCCGUUUUCUUCUGAUCCCCUGUAAUAAAGGUGUGAAAGCACAGAAGUGCAGUGACGGAAUGGAUGUUUAUUUCCUGGCCCAUGUCACCUGCCAUGGGCUAGGGCUACGGAAUCUUAAUAUCCCGCUACGUGGCAGGGGUUUUGCACUCUUAGUAGGGGGUCAGAUGUCACCAGCUACGGAGCCUUGGGCUGGAGCAGAGCCCUCUAAAGAUUAACCAACUCCUUCAAAACCAGAGUGAGUCUUCCCUUGGCAACAGCACCCCAACUCCAGUUUAGAAGG